AUGGCGCGCCCACGGACUCGCUUCUUUUGGCUCCUCGCGGCAGCCUCCGGCAUCAACGCGGCCCAACACACGGUGCAAGUGGCCCGAGAUGGCCUCGCUUUCGAUCCCGAAACUCUAGUAGCCAAGGCUGGCGAUGUGAUAACGUACACCUUCUUUUCAGGAGAGCACUCAGUCACGCAGACAACCGCUGAGGACCCAUGUCGUCCGCUAGCGUCCGGGUUCCACUCCGGUUCUGUCCCCGCGCGAGACGGGCAGUCGCCAGUGACGUGGAGGAUAGUGGUCAACGAAACCGAGCCCAUCUACUUGUAUAGCGGCUACCAAGACAGUUGCAGACAGGGCAUGGUGCAAGUCAUCAAUCCGCCCUCUGGUGACGCUUCUCUUUCAGACCUAAAGACGUCGGCGUCCAGUGUGGAAAAUACAGCGUCUGCCAGCAACACACCCAGAGGCGGCCAACGUAUCCUGAAUAUCGAUGUUGGUCGUGAUAGCGAGCUGAGCUUCUCGCCCAGCCACGUGGAAGACCAGCUCGCGGGGACCAUUGUGCAAUUCCGCUUCUACCCACAGAAUAACUCGGUGGUGCAAACCACGUAUGACCGCCCCUGCCAGCCCCUGUCAGGAGGUUUCUCGAGUGGCUUCAUACCCAUCGAGUCCGCAUCGGCCGAUGUGGGCUUUUCCAUCGUCCUGAAUGACACGGACCCAGUAUACUUUUACGAUGCCCAACCGACAGAUUCCCACUGCCAGAAUGGCAUGGUCGGAAGCAUCAACGCCUGGGGCGGAUCGCUGUCCAACGCGACCGAGUCCUUCCUCCAGCUCCUCCAGUACACGGACAACAUGCUCUUGGAGACGCUCCUCUACGGGACCACCCGCCUGACUGAUGGCGGCGAGUGGGAAGGGGUGUUCCCACCCACGAUCCUAGAGGCACUGUCGUCGACGGCCGCGCAGGCGUACAUACAUCGCACCGUGGCGACGACGCCGCUGCGGCACUUUGGGAUCGACAUCCCGAAGCCCUGCGCGUACCGCCUGCCGCUCGGCACUGUCGAAUCGUUCCUCUCCACGCUGCGCACGUUGCUCCUCGUCGAGAUCGGUCUUUAUAUUGACUUUCUCGCAUCGGACGCCGCAGGCGAUGACGCCUGGCUAGCCCCGGCCCUUGCGUCGGCCCUCGGGGCCAAGAGCCGGGCGGCCGGGCUCAUCAACAUGAUGCAGAACAAGCCAGCCGCUGCCACGGUCGGGGAGGCGCUUCUCCCUUCCAAGUUGGCGUACUCCUUCCUCGCUGCCCGGUACGUCUCGCUCUGCUCCGGCAAUGACCAGCCCAACUUUGGCAAAGUGCUCCCCGGCAUGCAGGUGUGGGCUACGGAGACUUCGCCGAACGGGGGCCGGGUCAUGGCGGUCGACCUCGAUUUCCAGGGAAGCACAGGGCCAAGUACGGACGGGUCCGCGGAGGUGCCGGGUCACUUGUAUGGACACGUGUGGGCCGUGGCGUGCGGGGAGGACGGGCUGACGGCGGAUGCGGUGGCCGAAAAGGCGCUAGCGGGACCCGAGAUUGUUUGGGUAGCGCAGCCGUGA